CAACGUCCAACUUUAGUUCAAAAAAUUAACGAAAAUGAAAUUCUUAACAAUUUUAAUGACAUUGGUUUUAAUUGGUUAUGUUUGCGCUCAAGUCACCGAUCCUCCACCUACUGAUGCCCCAACGGAUGCCCCAACGGAUGCACCAACGGAUGCACCAACAGAAGCUCCAACAGACGCACCGACUGAGGCACCAACAGUUUCACCUACAAGUCCUACUCAAGCACCCACUGCCGGUGGAAAUAGAAAACUAGUGAGAGUGUCUAAUUUACGUUUUAGAGCAGUUCGCCGGAUUAGGCGUAAUAGACCGAAUUCAGUAAGAAGACGUAAUCCACGAGUAACUGUUAUUCGAGGUUAAUUGUAGAAAAAUAUGUUGAAAAAUUUGGGUUUAUUAAAUGCAAUAAAAAUCUUAAGUGAAAAUUGAUUAAA